AAUAUUUUUUAUUAUUUCUUAACAAAAUAUAUAAAUAUAGCUAUGGGAAGUUCGCAAAAUACUCUCACAUCAAGAGGUUUAUUAAUUGUUUUAGAAGGGCUUGAUAGAAGUGGAAAAACAACUCAGGCACGUCUAUUGUUUGAACAUUUUAAAAGUUUGGGUAUUGAUGCUAGAAUUCAACGCUUUCCAGACAGAGAAGAACCAACAACAGGACCAGCUAUCAAUAAAUUCCUCAAAAAUGCAAAAAAUUUAAACGAGAAUUCUGAAGCUAUACAUCUUCUAUUUUCUGCCAAUCGAUGGCUUUUAAAUUCAAAAAUGCGAGAAGAAUUGCUUUCUGGAAAGAAUUUAAUUGUUGAUCGUUAUAGUUAUUCGGGAAUUGCUUAUUCUAUGGCUAAAGGAAUUAAUAAAUGUUGGGCUUGUCAACCUGAAGUUGGUUUAAUUCGUCCGGAUUUGGUUUUAUUUUUUGAUGUUUCUCCUGCAAAUACAAGCAAACGUGGAGGAUUUGGAGAAGAAAUAAUGGAAAGAAGGUAAAAUAAUUAAGUGGUGUGCUCCUUAAGAGAUAAAGUUGAGAAAUUUGAGAUUUUUGAAAAUGCCCCUUCCAUUCCAUGGCACUAGCUUCUCGAAAGUUUUCCGGACCUCCACCUUCUCCCGC